AUGCGCUGUCUAUGGAAAUUUUUCAGUUGGCCGAAACGGCAGAAAUCCGAGGAUGAGGAGGGGCAGCCGUUGGAGAACUUUGACAGAGUAACUCCGAUGCAGUCAUUGGAGAGCCCUCAGGUCAGUGGGGUCCGGGAUACCCACUUGACAUCUGGUCUUCAAGAGCGCUAUGUUCGAUUCGGAAUUGGAGGUGCUGGCAAUAUGCGCAAGUCCUGCUUCCCUUUCCUGGGUCUUUAUCAACUCUCAAAGUACUUUCCCAUAAUGGGCGAGAAAUAA